GGUGACAGUAAACGAGCUAAGGAUUGGAAAACAAAGCGUAAAUCAGGCAAAAUGAGUGGUGGACCCUUAAUCAAUAUUCAGAAUUCGACAGUUUCAGGAAGUGGAACUAUCUAUGGUGGGACUACCAAUGCUGAAACUUCAAAUAUAGAUAUGUCUAAAAAAAGAUAUUACGAAAAGGAAAAGGGCGAGCGUAAAGUUCGAACAAAAAGGACGAAAACAGACUCGAAUGUGAACGGGAAAAUAAAUGAAUUUUUUUCCCCAGUUUCUCAACGUGAUCAAGAUCACGAAAACAUGAAAAAUAACCACGUUAAUGAGGAACCUACCGUUACCUUAAAACCUUUUGUUCCUGAAGAAGAGUUAGAGGAGAAUCUCCUACAAGAAAAUCCUGGUGCAACUGUCGAUUUCAAACUCAUUAUAGAUAACAUCUGUAUCCGGUCAGAAAUGGAGAAAUGGCAUCAAACAUCAAAAUACAUUGAAGAGAUUCAUAAACAGGACUUAUUGUGCUAUAAUAUUAUCGAUACAAUUAGUUCAUCCGGGACAAAAGCACGAGGACUCUUUAAACAUCAAUGGGAUGAUAUAAUUAGCAAUAUAGAGAAGUUUUUAGUGUCUCCAGAUACAACUCCGCUAUCUUCAGAUUUUGACCCCAUUUCAGAUUCAGAUAAUCGAGACAUGGAACAAGAUGGGCGAGCGAGUAACAUCAGUCAAUAUUUAACAAAAAUAUUGAAAAAUGUAAACACCGCAAAAAGAUUAUGUGAUACGAUAAUGACAGAACGUAAAAAUUUACGCGCAGAGGAAAAUACGAAAUGGAAGAAGAGGUCUCUGGACCGGGAACAGUUCCCAAAUGGCAGAAAUCUCUUCAAAGAAGAACAAACCGAAUACGAUUAUAUUAUCAGAGGUGAAAAGACCUUGUGUUAUUCCGCAAUUCUGCUCAACCGUUCAUUAAAAGAUGAUAAUAGGAGGUGUUUCGGGAAUAAAAUAGAUGCAAUUAUGUCAAUUUUGGAUAUUGGAUUAGAAUUCUCGACCUUGGAAGUCUCUGGAAGUCCAUCAAAACUUGAUCAUACCCACUACGCUGGGGAUCGGAAUAAAACAGCGAAGAUGCUCAAAAUCAUCUUGAAUUAUAUAUACAUCAAAUACCCAGGCGACUUCGAAAAAUUUAGGAAGAUAAAAGUGUACGGUGUACAAAUAUACGACCACAACUUAUAUGUAUAUAGUAUAUGCAUGCCAUUUGCUGGAAUUUACUAUUUUAAACUCGAGAAGAUGUUCUCCUAUCCAACAAUUACAUUCUUAGUUUUCAAAGAAUUUCCAAUUUUCGCUUCAAAUCUAUGGAUGUUGCGGGGCUUGAUAACUUCAAGUUUUAAUAGUAUAAUGACGUACAUUACAAGUAAUCCUUUGCAAAUUGAUAAUGAUAAUACCAUGAUUGCAAAUGUAGAAGUCUCACCUCCUCAAAAGAAGAAUUAUAAUUAA